AUGUCGAAUCUCAUCAACAAGGCCAAGGAUGCUCUUUCUGGCCACAAAGGACAUGAUACGACUGCAACCAGUACCUCUUCAACAUACGGCACCACAGGAGCUGGCGCUCAUGAUUCUGUUACUAUCAACCGCAUGGAUCCCACCGUUGACAGUCGAACGGGGACGUCUACCGGCGCCGCUGGGCCACAUACGUCCAAUCUUGCCAACAAGUUCGACCCCCGUGUAGACUCGGACAGGGAUCAUCGUGCAAACCCGAACAGCAAUGUUGGAGGAUAUGGUAGCUCAGGAUAUGGACCGACCACUACCACCACAGCCGGUCCUCAUUCGUCCAACCUUGCCAACAAACUUGAUCCUCGAAUCGACAGCGAUGCUCAUCACCGCGCAAAUCCACACAGCACCGUCGGAGGACAUGGCAGCUCAGGAUAUGGGACUUCAGGAUAUGGGACAACAUCAACCACAACUGCUGGUCCUCAUUCUUCCAACUUCGCAAACAAGCUUGAUCCUCUAGUGGACAGCGAUGCAGACCACCGCAACAAUCCCGCUAGCCGGGUUGGCGGCUAUGGGGAGGCUCAAGGGACCUAUGGUGGUGCUGGCGUGACCUCGACUGACCCAGGAUAUGGUACGACUGCACGGCCAGGAGGAGUAACGGGCAUCACUGGCGCUGUCGGUCAAGGAACAACAACCGGUACACACGGUAGCACCGUGCAUAACAGCAAGCUCCUCAACGAGCUGGAUCCCAGAGUCAAGACGAGUGAUGGAUAUUGA